AGUACACUUACUUCCUGUGUUUACGAAUCUCAGUAUUACUGAAACUCAAUUGGAUUAUUAGCAGAUCUACAAAGACUGGAAUAAGCAAGAGCAAAGGGCUAUUCAUUUUUAUAAAAUAAGUCGUCUACAUUAUCUCAGCCUUCAUGACUAAUGGUGCACUCGCUUUUACUUUGCACGAGGUCACUCCCACAUCCAGAUAGAUCUAGAGCAGGGAGCCAUGUCAAUAAAGUUGGCCUCCAGCGGUAGUUACAAUGUACGAGCAUCAGAAAUGGCUCACAUUCCAGAGCGCACCCCAAAAGCUGUGACUUGUGCUGUACAUUUUUUGGAUGACACGCUGGAGACCUUUGAAGUUGAUAAGAGAGGAAAAGCUCAACAAUUACUGGACAGAGUAUUUGAACAUUUGGAGCUUGUUGAAAAGGAUUACUUUGGUUUGCAAUACAUGGACCAGUCUCCUGGAGAUGAUACAUUGCGUUGGCUUGAUCCAUUAAAAACUAUCAAGAAACAAUGCAGAGGUCCAGUAUAUGAAUUCUAUUUUCGAGUUAAAUUCUAUGUAUCUGACCCAAGCAAAUUAGCAGAGGAAUAUACAAGAUAUCACUUUUUUCUACAAGUCAAGCGAGAUAUCUUAUCAGGGAAAUUGGUAUGUCCUGAUCAAAUAGCUGUGCUGCUGGCAAGUUAUGCUGUACAGUCGGAAUUAGGAGACUUUAACAUUGAGGAACACAAGGAUGGAUAUUUGAGUGGAUUUCUAUUCAUACCAAACCAGUCUGAAGAGUUUGAAAAACAGGUUGCUGAAAAACAUAAGCAUCACAGGGGCCAGACACCAGCUGAUGCAGAAUCUCAGUUUUUAGAGAAAGCCAAAAGAUUAGAAAUGUAUGGUGUUGACUUACAUAAUGCCAGGGAUCAAAGCAACAUUGACAUCCAGCUAGGUGUCACUUCUGCUGGACUAGUGGUCUUUCAAAAAAGUGUCAAAAUCAAUACUUUUUCAUGGGCAAAAAUAGUAAAAAUUUCAUUCAAGCGGAAACAGUUUUUCAUUCAGUUGCGCCGAGAGGUAGCAGAUAGCAUAGAGGCUAAUGAUGACAAGGGAGAGACAUCUCAAAAUGAACCAGUGGAGAAUUUAAUAGGUUUUAACAUGGUUAGCUACAGGUCAUGCAAGAAUCUGUGGAAGUCCUGUGUGGAGCAUCAUACCUUCUUCAGAUUACACCAACCAAACCCACCUGCAAAAAAGCUUUUUACCAUGGGCUCUAAAUUUAGGUAUAGUGGUAGGACAGAAUUUCAAACAUUAGAAGAAAGUAAACGAAGGGCCAAAAUUGAGAGGUCUUUUUCAAGAUCUCCCAGUAAACGUCAUCGAAGAACAGUUGGAGCAGUGUCCAGAGAAGCCAUUCUGGAGGAGAAUCGUUACAUUGAUGGCUAUAGACAGAUGUCAAAAUCCCAAACUUUUUCAGCCAAUACAAGCAAUGCAGGUGGCAGCAGUGGUGCUAGUCAUGGAUUUAGCAGACAUGAAGGAGCAGCUAGUCAGACAAGAGCCACACUGCCACAUGACUACAAGUCUUCUAGUAGGACCUCUUGGAAUGAUGGAAAUCAGUCAGAAAAAUCUGAAUUCGACAGUGGUUUUGUCUCCCAUAACCCACGGGACGCUCUACCAACAAAAGUGGUCAACUUGGGCAAGACUACAGAGAGUAUAUCUUCCAAUGGCUCUGCCGGCACUUCGGACCCCGUGUCUGAACUACCAUGUUACAACAACGAUUACCUGCCUAAUGGGAAUGGGUUUACUGAUGCUCAUGGUCUGGUUACCAUACGGAUGAAGCCAGAUGAGAAGGGAAGAUUUGGUUUCAAUGUCAAGGGUGGCCAUGAUCAAGGAAUGCCCAUCAUUGUGUCACGUGUAGCACCUAAUACACCUGCUGAUCUGGCUAUACCAAGAUUGAAUGAGGGGGACCAGGUUCUUCUCAUUAAUGGUCGGGAUGUUUCUCAACAUACACAUGAGCAGGUUGUCAUGUUCAUCAAGGCAUCUAGAGAGACUCAUUCAGGGGAGCUGGCACUGGUCAUCAGGCCAAAUGGCUAUGUUGGAGAAGACGAAUCAGACGAGCCAGACUUUACGUACAUCCCAGAAACACAUCAGAUCGCUUCCUCAACAUCCAGUGCUAAUACCCUUGAAUCCUCAUUGAUGCUCCUACAGGAAAGUUUAGAAAGUGGUGCUGCUAUUGCACAGUUUGAGCAAUUGUACCGUAAGAAGCCAGGAUUGACAUUAAAUGCAGCUCGGCUAGAUUCCAAUAUCAACAAAAAUAGAUAUAGAGAUAUAUCACCAUAUGACCAAACAAGAGUUAUUUUAAAAAGUGGAGCUACAGGGGAUUACAUAAAUGCUAAUUUUGUCAAUAUGGAAAUCCCUGGCUCAGGUAUUAUCAACCGCUACAUAGCUGCUCAAGGUCCAUUACCCAACACCUGUAAUGAUUUCUGGCAGAUGGUCUGGGAACAGCACACAUCUUUAGUUGUCAUGCUGACCACCAAGGUAGAGAGAGGUCGUGUUAAAUGCCAUCAGUAUUGGCCUCAGCUCUACGAGACAGAAGACUUUGGAGCCAUCCAGAUUACGUGUGUCAAAGAAGAAGAGACUCACUCGUUUGCGUUUAGAGAAUUUAAUUUAACUCAUGUGGAGACGAGUGAAGAGCGCCACAUUCGCCACAUGCAGUACAUAGCUUGGCCUGACCAUGGCGUACCUGAUGAUCCCAGUGAUUUCCUCAAUUUUGUUGUGCGUGUACGACACAACAGAGACGGCAUGGUAGAACCCACUGUUGUCCACUGCAGUGCUGGCAUUGGUAGGACAGGAGUGCUCAUCACCAUGGAAACCGCAAUGUGUCUUAUUGAAUCCAGCCAACCAGUUGACCCCCUGAGUAUUGUCAGACAAAUGAGAGACCAGCGUGCUAUGCUCAUUCAAACAUCUAGUCAAUAUAAGUUUGUAUGUGAAGCAAUUUUACGAGUGUAUAAUGAAGGUCUAGUGAAACCCCAUGAAGACUUUAGAAGAUGAGAUCCUGUCAUAGAUUGUUCAAAGGUCACAGUCUUAGCUGUAUUUAAAGGUCACAGUCUUAGCUGUAUUUAACUAUUUAACCACCAACCAGUACACAGUGCCUGGCCCACCAACCAGUACACAUUGCCUGGCCCACCAACCAGUACACAUUGCCUGGCCCACCAACUAGUACACAUUGCCUGGCCCACCAACCAGUACACAUUGCCUGGCCCACCAACCAGUACACAUUGCCUGGCCCACCAACCAGUACACAUUGCCUGGCCCACCAACUACUAAACACAUACACUGGCCCACCAACCAGUACACAUUGCCUGGCCCACCAACCAGUACACAUUGCCUGGCCCACCAACUACUAAACACAUACACUGGCCCACCAACCAGUACACAUUGCCUGGCCCACCAACCAGUACACAUUGCCUGGCCCACCAACCAGUACACAUUGCCUGGCCCACCAACCAGUACACAUUGCCUGGCCCACCAACCAGUACACAUUGCCUGGCCCACCAACCAGUACACAUUGCCUGGCCCACCAACCAGUACACAUUGCCUGGCCCACCAACCAGUACACAUUGCCUGGCCCACCAACCAGUACACAUUGCCUGGCCCACCAACCAGUACACAUUGCCUGGCCCACCAACCAGUACACAUUGCCUGGCCCACCAACCAGUACACAUUGCCUGGCCCACCAACCAGUACACAUUGCCUGGCCCACCAACCAGUACACAUUGCC